AUGUCUGUAUCUCCACCAUCCAACUUAACUCACGGCCCUCCUGGUGGGCAAGGAGCCCAGGGGGAACAUGGAGGAGGAGGAGGAGCAGCGGGCGGGCAUGGCGGUGGAAACGCUGCCAUGUAUGCCAGAUUCGCAAAGAGACUGGCCCUCAAUAAGCGAUACAUGAGGAUUUACGCAGCUUCUCUAUGUGCACUCAUUGCUAUUUUUAUCAUCACUCAUUGGGUUCGGCUUGUGAUCAACAGAGCAAGACGCUCAUCCAAAUCACAAAAGCCACCCAAGCUAACUGCCCCUUUUGCUUACGUCUCAAGAGCUGCGAGAAGUGUUCUCAUUCGCAAAUUCCCGGGCUUUAGUUCAAAUGGUCACGUCUUGUUGGUCACGGCUUAUGUUGGCAUCAAUGCUGCGCUCACCUUUACCGGUGUUGAUUUGACCAGUGGUGGCUCCCUUGGCAACAGAUUUGGCUGGAUGCUAUCAGCAAACUUCGUGGUGGUAGUCUUCUUGGCUUUGAAGAAUACACCGCUGGCUGUCCUAACUGCUUACUCGUACGAGCGGCUCAAUGUUCUUCACCAAGUGGCUGGUUAUGCUACAAUCCUGUAUCUGGUGCUCCAUGCCUGUGUCUACUCUGGAUUCUUUGGCGAGGCACACAAACUGUAUAUUCUCCGAGAAGAGGAACAGAUUUGCGGCAUCAUUGCCGGGUUCGGCUUCUUGGGUGUCUUUAUCUCAGCUGCUUUCAUUCGACGUUAUUGGUACGAGGCCUUCUACAUCACCCACAUCAUCUCGUUCCUUGUCGCCCUAAUUUGCGGAGCUUUUCACCAGCCGGACCUGGGCAAGGGUAUCUUGGUGAUGUUGCUGAUCAUCGCAUGCAUCUGGGUCUCAGAUCGUUUGAUCCGUGCCCUGAGAGUCUUCUACUACUCCACGAACAACCAUGCCACUGUUCACCCGUUGCCUAAUGGUGGAACCAAGAUUGUUAUGGCAAAGAAGCCCUGGAAUGCAGUCCCUGGAAAACACUGCUUCGUCUGGAUUCCGAAGAUUCGCCUCUUGGAGAUGCAUCCAUUCACAGUUGUGGCGACCGAGCCGAUGGAAUUUAUCAUCAACUCAUACGACGGCUUCACUGGUGACCUCCACAAGUAUGCCUUAGACCAUCCGGGCGCCAGCCUCAAGGCCUCUGUCGACGGCCCUUACGGAACGUUUCCAGAUCCCAUGGAGUAUGACAAGAUCAUUCUAAUCGCGGGUGGAAGCGGUGCUAGCUUUACCUUCGGUCUCGCAGUCAACCUGCUCGAACGCAUGGGACCAGAAUCGACAAAGAAUAUCGUAUUUAUCUGGGCAGUUAAGAAACAUGACAACUUGACUUGGUUUACUGAUCACCUUACCACACUUCGGACACAUAAUCACUCACCGAAGGUGACAGUUUCGCUCUUCGUGACUCGCGCUCCAGCAUCCCCAAUGUCAGACGAGCAGCGCCGAGGAAGCGUCCUAGUCCGCGGCGCGAUUCACCGCACUGACGAAGAGUCCCUAUCCUCAGAGCACCAAGUGAGCCCAAUCUCGCCGAUCAGAGAUCUAGAGAAAGCUCUGAUGGAACUACCACCUCGCGCACAUGUUCGUGAUGACGACAAGCAGCACAUAGAAGAGACCGAGGAGAAGCGAAAUAUCCAAGAGACUCACGCAGAUCACGAUGGCAGCCACGAGCGUGAUCACGACCACACCAAUCAACGACGUGAUCAUUUCCGGUCCGCAAAUGCGGCUAUCUCCACGGCGACCAGCAACGAUAGCCUGGCGCUGGCACAUAGAGUGACUCCUGGCAGGCCAGACACGGCCAUGCUGAUCCGCGAGGAGGUCUCCCGGACGCCGGGCCACCACCGCGUACUGAUAUCGGCAUGCGGACCCAAUGGUCUCAUGCGCGUAGUGCGCAAGACGGCAGCAGGCUGCAUCCGGGGCGACGGGCCGGAAGUCGAGUUGCACUGCGAGCAGUUUGGUUGGUAA